CAAACGCUAUCGAAAUGCCAAAGUGGGCACAUCUCGGUCUAGCGGCUCUCCUUCUAAUUUCCACCUCCCAGGGGGGAGCUGCGGACAUCGAUUGGUGGGAGAACGCCUCGCUUUACCAGAUAUAUCCGCGCUCCUUCCAGGACAGCGAUGGCGAUGGCAUCGGGGACCUGAAAGGCAUUACUUCGAGGCUGGGCUAUCUUAAGGAAAUAGGCAUCACGGCCACCUGGCUGUCGCCCAUUUUUACCUCGCCCAUGUCGGAUUUCGGCUACGACAUCUCCAACUUUUACGACAUCGAUCCGAUAUUCGGCACUCUCGACGAUUUCGAUGCCCUGAUAGUGGAGGCCAAGUCGCUGGGCGUAAAGAUCAUCCUCGACUUUGUACCCAACCAUUCCAGUGACGAGAACGUGUGGUUUGAAAAGUCAGUGAAUCGCGAAGACGGCUACGAUGACUUCUACGUGUGGGACGAUGGAAAGCUGAAUGAGGAAACUGGUGGAAGAGAUCCUCCCUCUAACUGGGUCAGUGUGUUCAGCGGACCCAUGUGGACGUGGAACGAAAAGCGCCAGCAGUUCUUCCUGCACCAGUUUCAGGUGAAGCAACCGGAUCUAAACUUUACCAAUCCAAUGGUCAGGGAGCACAUGCUGGAUGUCUUGAAGUUUUGGCUGGACCGCGGAGUUGAUGGAUUCCGUAUUGAUGCAGUUCCACACAUCUACGAGCACCGCAAUGCAGACGGCUCCUAUCCGGAUGAACCGGUAAGCGGCUGGAGUAGUGACCCCAACGCCUACGACUACCACGAUCACAUCUACACCAAGGAUCAGCCGGCCACGGUGGAUCUCAUGUACGAGUGGCGGGAGUUUUUGGAUAACUAUCGGGAGCAGAAUGGAGGCGAUUCACGGGUUCUGUUGGCCGAGGCCUAUUCCUCCGUGGAGACUCUGAGUGCUUAUUUCGGAAACAGCACCCAUCAGGGUACCCAGCUGCCCAUGAACUUCCAGUUGAUGUAUCUCAGUGGCUACUCAACCGCAGAGGACGUUGUGGGCUCCAUCGACUACUGGAUGAAUACCAUGUGGAAGGAGCACCAAACGGCCAACUGGGUCGUUGGCAAUCACGACACAAACAGAGUUGCUGAUCGUAUGGGAGCUCACGAAGUGGAUCUGCUCAAUGUGAUCGUAAACGCCCUGCCAGGUGCUUCUGUGACCUACUACGGCGAGGAAAUCGGCAUGUCCAACGUGGACGUGGAGUGUACCGGCGACUCUUGCGAAGAUCGCGACGGAGAGCGCACGCCAAUGCAGUGGACGGCUGGAAAGAACGCCGACUUUUCUGAUGGGCAGUCCACCUGGCUACCCCUAAGCCCCGAAUAUCAGAGGUACAAUGUGCAGACGGAACGCGGUGUUUCCAGAUCUUCCCUUAACAUCUUCAAGGGUCUCCAGGCUCUUAAGAGCAGUGCCGCCUUUCUUGCGUUCAAGGAGGAUGGCGGUUUCUCCUAUGAGGCGGUGACGAAACAGGUUCUACAGAUCAUCCGCACAAACAAGAUCAGCGAGGAGUAUCGAAUCCUGGUUAACAUGGGCAACGAUAUGGAAAUCCUCGAUGGGCUGGCCUCCAAAACCUACGAGUAUGUGCUGGUCACCGCCUACUCCACACACUAUCCGGGGCAAAAAGCAUAUCUGUCGGAGAGAAUCAUUCUCAUGCCCUACGAAGCAGUCGUUUUGCGCUGGUUGGCUUAACUUGUACUUAUUUUGUUGUAUCAAGGAGUACUUGUUUAUUUCGCGUUUAUCAGUAUCGAAUGGGGUCCCCCAUAAAGAUAAGCCCUGUUUCUGACAGAAGUUCGACGCAAGUGUUCCCAGAAAUAUAUUAAACCGAACUUUGAGUGCCAAUUACCACAUCUAGAUUUUAUAGACACCCACUUAAGAUAUAGGCAUUUGGCCUUAGCUAUCGCUAUGGAUUAACCUGGAUAUCAACGGAUCGACAGUAAUCCUACGAAUAAUCGACCAAUAAAUGAAAUGACUAUUAUUCAAGACUUCCAGUAGCCUUACCUAUCGCUGUGGAUUAAGCUGGGAAUCAACGCGAUCGACAGCAAUCGAACCAAUUACCUAAUUGACCAAUAAAUGAGGUGACUAUUA